AUGAUAUGCGUGUCAAAGGAAAGUAGUCAGAGAACAAUAGAGGGUACGGAAGCGUUGCGUCGUGCUUUCUGCGAUAUCAAAAAAUUGGAUGAAGUUAUGGUACUACAAGAUGAUAAUACGAUAUCAAUUAAUGGUGUGCUAUCAGAUGAUAAUAUCAUAGCUGCAGAAGAUAUGAUAUCAGUGGAAAAAAUUUUGGGAUUAACGGAAGAUAAUAUUGCAUCCGAUGUUAUGGAAGAAGAAAGAUAA